AUUCACUUGAAGAUUCCAAUGGGUACGAGCGUAUUCGUGAGUACCUUGUCAAAGGCCGCGAAAACCAACCACGCGCUGGGGUGGCCUUGGAAAUGGAAUCUCAGGAGUACAAGGUGUUCAUCCUGCCCCCCGGUCAAGAAGCCCAGCGGAUAUCCGCUGGGCUACUGCGGGGACAUGAUGCUGGCGGUGAUCCGUUCCAGCUGGUGAACGAAGAAACGACGUAUGCAACACCAUUUUAUUUUAUGGAGAUGAAUCGAGUUCAUAUCACACAACCCAACUUCGCUACCCCUUUUAAAUUAAAAGGGGGGUAUGGUUGGGCUAAGAAGGUAACAAACUCUUUUUCAAAAGGGGCGGUUGCUGAAAGAACUUGUUGCCGGUACCUAAAAAGACCGUUAGUACAGUAGUAAGGGGUUAAGAUAGAUUUUUUCGAUUAACUUACUACAACGGACUUAUCUUGUA